CUGUCCACAACCCUCCUUCUCCUCCCGUCCUCCUCCUCCACCAUACGUCUCCACACGGUCCCUUCUUUCCGCGAAGCCCCCGCCUUCCGCAACGGCAACACGUGCACCUCCACCGCGGACAAUCACAACUCCUCCUCAUCAUCAUCCACCGCCGACAACACCAUCCACAUCGUGAUGCCCCUCGACACCAACUACAUCCGCGGCACGAUGGCCGCCGUCCUCUCUAUCCUCCAACACUCCACCUGCCCCGAGAACGUCUCCUUCCACUUCCUCUCCCUCCACCUUGACCCCGACAUGCUCUCCCUCAUGCGCUCCACCUUCCCUUACCUCACCUUCCGCAUGUACCCUUUCGACCCAGACAGAGUCCGUGGCAAGAUCUCAAAAUCCAUCCGCCAGGCGCUCGACCAGCCCCUCAACUAUGCCAGAAUCUACAUGCCCGACAUCCUUCCCCCACAAGUCGGCCGCGUCAUAUACCUCGACUCUGACAUCAUCGUUGUCGAUGACAUCGCGAAGCUGUGGGGUGUCGACUUGGAGGGAAAAGUCCUCGCCGCGCCCGAGUACUGCCACGCGAACUUCACGAACUAUUUCACGGAUAGGUUCUGGUCGGACCAGGAUCUGUCGACGACUUUCCAAGGGAGGCGAGCGUGCUAUUUCAACACGGGGGUGAUGGUGGUGGACGUGGACGCUUGGAGGAAAGGAGGGUUCACGCAGAAAGUCGAGGAGUGGAUGGCGGUGCAGAAAAGCAAACGGAUCUACCACCUCGGAUCUCUGCCACCUGUCCUUCUCGUGUUCGCUGGCGAGAUCCGAGGGGUGGACCACAGGUGGAACCAACACGGGCUCGGAGGGGAUAAUCUUGAGGGGAGAUGCAGGGGAUUACACCCGGGACCGAUAAGCCUUCUGCAUUGGAGCGGAAAGGGGAAGCCGUGGCUAAGGCUCGACUCGAGAAGGCCGUGCGCGGUGGAUUAUCUGUGGGCGCCGUAUGAUCUAUACCGCUCCUCAAGGGUGGCUCUUGAAGAGUGA